GUAUUUUCGUCUUUUAGUAUCCCCCCACCACCACACACUGGGGCCCCGCCUUCUCGCUCCGGAAUGGCUUCACAAAGGAUUUGCCGACGUUUGUGAAUUCCGCCUAUAGCUCCUUUUUUACCGACACUUGUGCGCUGGAAUCGGCCCAGGAUGACCAAGGAUCCCACCCAUCUCGGUUAAUUUGACAACACAAAGGACUUCGCCGAACCCAAAAGAAACCGCCUACUAUUCCAAAUAAGGGUCGUCUCUCCAUGUACGGCAAACAAUCGGCUGGAGUGCCCUUUUCUCUUCCGUAUCCCGUUUAUAUGAUCGGGGAGACUGUGCUGCAAGUUACAGCGGUGCAAUCAUGGCGGAGCGAGUCCAGCAGCCCCCGGCCAAGCGGCUCUGCUGCAGGCCCGGCUACAACCCGGCAUGCAGACAGGGGCAGCGGGCUGGAGGAGUACUGUGUGGCGGUCCGGGGUCCGCUCCAGGGGGAUCGGGAAAAACACACAACCCCGAAUCGCUGCUAGACAUAGCGGCGCGGAGAGUCGCGGAGAAGUGGCCCUUCCAACGGGUGGAGGAACGGUUCGAACGUAUUCCAGAACCCGUCCAGAGAAGGAUCGUGUACUGGUCCUUUCCGAGGAGCGAAAAGGAGAUCUGCAUGUAUUCUUCGUUCAACGCCGGAGGAGAAGAGAGUGGAACUAGCGGGGAAAAUCAUGAAGAGACUCAGCUGCCUUUCCUACGGGGUGUCACUCUGCUGGAGGGCGGCUGGGUGGACAACGUACUGCAAGUCGGGUUUCAUCUGAGUGGUACGGUAACAGACCCGGCCACGUCCUCUCAGCCUGAGAUAAUCUGCAGCGUGAGCGUCAGCUUCGACCGCUGUAAGAUCACCGCAGUAACCUGUAGCUGCGGCAACAAGGACAUCUUCUACUGCGCCCACGUUGUAGCGCUGGCCCUGUACCGCGUACGGAAGCCCGAUCAGGUCAAACUGCACCUGCCCAUCUCAGAGACACUGUUCCAGAUGAGUCGAGAUCAGCUGCAGAAGUUUGUCCAGUACCUGAUAUCAGUGCAUCAUACGGAGGUGUUGCCCACCGCACAGAAACUGGCUGAUGAGAUACUGUCAACUAACUCCGAGAUCAACCAGGUCCACGGGGCCCCAGAUCCCACGGCAGGAGCCAGUGUAGAUGAUGAGAACUGUUGGCACUUGGAUGAGGAACAGGUCCAGGAGCAGGUGAAACUCUUCCUCUCUCAGGGAGGAUACCACGGCUCUGGGAAACAACUCAACCUGCUGUUCAGUAAGGUGAGGGAGAUGCUUCGUAUGCGUGACUCCAACGGUGCCAGGAUGUUAACACUGAUCACAGAACAGUUCAUGGCCGACCCUCGCCUGGCACUGUGGAGACAGCAGGGCACCACCAUGACCGACAAGUACAGACAGCUCUGGGAUGAACUAGGUGCUCUGUGGAUGUGCAUCGUGCUAAACCCCCACUGUAAGACGGAGCAGAAGUGUUGGUGGCUAAAACAGCUGAGGAGGUGGAACAGCGUGGACGUGUGUCCCUGGGAGGACGGUAACCAUGGCAACGAUCUGCCCAACCUCACCCACUCCCUGCCUCAGGGUGCCCAUGGCAACCAAGAGUUGCGUCCCCACAGGACGGUGUUCACGCGGGCCAUCGAGGCCUGUGACCUCCAUUGGCAGGACCGUCACCUGCAGCACAUUAUCGCCAGUGGCCUCUAUGCCAACUAUUGUUACCACGACAACCAGGAUGGCUCGCUCUUCGACACACGCGGAUGGCCCAUGUGGCACGAACACGUUCCGACGGCGUGUGCUCGGGUGGACGCCCUGCGUUCCCAUGGUUACCCCCGUGAAGCGUUGCGAUUGGCCAUUGCCGUGGUGAAUACACUACGGCGGCAGCAGCAGAGGCAGCUGGAGCAUUUCCGCAGACAUAAGAAAGAGCUGCUCCAUAAAGGUAUCACCUCCAUAACCAACAUGGAGGGCUGGGUGGGUCACCCUCUGGAUCCCAUCGGCACCCUGUUCAGCACCCUCACUGAGACGGGACGGGGGGCAGAGGAAGGGGCCAACACAUGCCUUGACCUUUCAGACUGUUCCAGCGUGGUGAGUCAUGCGGAGCUGCAGCGGUUUCCAGUGCAGCGUUUGCUAGGCGAGGGGGAAUCGUACGUGGCGCUGGCCGUAGAGACUGCUCUGAUUGGCUUAGGCCAGCAGAGGGUGAUGCCUGACGGGCUGUAUGCCCAGGAGAAGGUGUGUCGCAACGAAGAGCAGCUAUUAUCCAAGCUGCAGGAAGUGGAGCUGGAUGACAUGCUGGUCAAGAUCUUCCGCAAGCAAGCCGUCUUCCUGUUAGAGAGUGGGCCGUACAGCGGCCACGGAGAGAUUGUCCACAGAGAGAGUGUUCCCAUGCACACCUUCACCCGCUACCUCUUCACCUCUCUCCUACCUCACGACGCUGAACUGGCGUACAAGAUUGCACUCAGAGCCAUGCGGUUGCCUGUGUUGGAGUCCACAGCCUCGUCAGGUGACCUGUCGCGACCCCAUCACAUGGUGUCUGUGGUCCCUAACCGUUACCCUCGCUGGUUCACACUCACCCACAUAGAGUCCCAGCAGUGUGAACUGGCCUCCACCAUGCUCACUGCAGCCAAAGGUGAUAGUCGUAAGCUGGAGACUGUACUAGAGUCCAUCCAGAAGAACAUCCAUUCCUCAUCUCACAUCUUUAAACUGGGCCAGGAUGCCUUCAAGAUCGCUACUCUGAUGGACAGCCUGCCAGACAUCACACUGCUCAAAGUCUCACUGGAGCUGGGGCUGCAGGUGAUGAGGAUAACCCUGUCUACGUUGAACUGGAGGAGGAGGGAGAUGGUACGGUGGUUAGUUACCUGUGCCACUGAAGUAGGGGUGUAUGCGUUGGACAGCAUCAUGCAGAGUUGGUUCACCCUCUUCACCCCGACCGAGGCCACCAGCAUCGUGGCCACCACCGUCAUGUCCAACACCACCAUCGUCCGGCUGCACCUGGACUGUCACCAGCAGGAGAACCUGGCCUCCUCCGCCCGGACCCUGGCCCUGCAGUGUGCCAUGAAGGACCCCCAGAACUGUGCCCUCUCCGCCCUCACGCUCUGCGAGAAGGACCACAUAGCCUUCGAGACGGCCUACCAGAUCGUUCUGGACGCGGCCGCCACGGGGAUGAGCUACACACAGCUGUUCACGAUAGCCAGGUACAUGGAGCACAGGGGGUACCCUAUGAGGGCGUACAAGCUAGCCACGCUAGCCAUGGCUCAUCUAAACCUCAGCUACAACCAGGAUACCCACCCAGCCAUCAACGACGUGCUGUGGGCCUGCGCUCUGAGUCACUCGCUGGGAAAGAACGAGCUGGCCGCCGUCAUCCCCCUGGUGGUGAAGAGUGUGAAGUGUGCCACGGUGCUGUCGGAUAUUUUGCGGCGGUGCACACUAACCACGCCGGGGCUGGUGUCCGCACUGCACAGCCGUAGGAACUCUGGGAAGCUGAUGUCACUGGACAAAGCUCCUCUCAGGCAGCUGCUGGAUGCUACCAUCGGGGCCUACAUCAACACCACGCACUCUCGCCUCACGCACAUCAGCCCACGCCACUACAGCGAGUUUAUAGAGUUCCUGGGGAAGACCCGGGAGACGUUCCUCAUGGCCCAAGAUGGACACAUCCAGUUCACACAGUUCAUAGACAACCUCAAACAGAUCUAUAAGGGAAAGAAGAAACUCAUGAUGCUGGUGAGGGAGAGGUUCGGCUGACCAGGGUCGGCCCCUAGGGACAGGUUCGGCUGACCAGGGUCGGCCCCUAGGGACAGGUUCGGCUAGGUUCGGCUGACCAGGGUCGGCCCCUAGGGAUAGGUUCGGCUGACCAGGGUCGGCCCCUAGGGAUAGGUUCGGCUGACCAGGGUCGGCCCCUAGGGACAGGUUCGGCUGACCAGGGUCGGCCCCUAGGGACAGGUUCGGCUGACCAGGGUCGGCCCCUAGGGACAGGUUCGGCUGACCAGGGUCGGCCCCUAGGGACAGGUUCGGCUGACCAGGGUCGGCCCCUAGGGACAGGUUCGGCUGACCAGGGUCGGCUCCUAGGGGGAGGUUCGGCUGACCAGGGUCGGCCCCGAGGGGGAGGUUCGGCUGACCAGGGUCGGCCCCGAGGGGGAGGUUCGGCUGGCCAGGGUCGGCCCCUAGGGGGAGGUUCGGCUGGCCAGGGUCGGCCCCGAGGGGGAGGUUCGGCUGACCAGGGUCGGCCCCGAGGGGGAGGUUCGGCUGACCAGGGUCGGCCCCGAGGGGGAGGUUCGGCUGACCAGGGUCGGCCCCGAGGGGGAGGUUCGGCUGACCAGGGUCGGCUCCUAGGGGGAGGUUCGGCUGACCAGGGUCGGCCCCUAGGGGGAGGUUCGGCUGACCAGGGUCGGCCCCGAGGGGGAGGUUCGGCUGACCAGGGUCGGCCCCGAGGGGGAGGUUCGGCUGGCCAGGGUCGGCCCCGAGGGGGAGGUUCGGCUGGCCAGGGUCGGCCCCGAGGGGGAGGUUCGGCUGACCAGGGUCGGCCCCGAGGGGGAGGUUCGGCUGACCAGGGUCGGCCCCGGGGGGGAGGUUCGGCUGACCAGGGUCGGUCCCGGGGGGGAGGUUCGGCUGACCAGGGUCGGUCCCGGGGGGGAGGUUCGGCUGACCAGGGUCGGCCGCUAGUACUUUUAUAUUAACUUGAGUCUGCCUUUUGAACUUCUUUGGACUUAAACAUGGACAAGUAAAGAGUUGGAGGACAAAGCAAAAGAAGAAGGAAAAAACUAUUUCCAGAGCCACACAGUAUUAUCAUUCUUGCUGUUAUUGUUAUAAACAUGAUUACCAUUAUUGUUAUUACUGUGUACAGUACUAUGUGUGUUUUAUUUUCAGAAGAGGAAAUGUCACGUUGUGAAUGUUGCGUGUGUUUUUCCAUGUGUGUGCGAGAGGAAAAAGCAGAUAACAGAAACGUUUAUUAUUAUUAGCAUCCCCCUGUUUUAUAUCUUGGUUUUAUACUGAGUAUAUGUCAAGUGGCUUAAAGUCCCUUGUGCGAAAGCGCUUGUGUAAAAACACAUUGGCAGCCUCAAAGAGACACUAUGGCUUUAAAACCACACAGACCUGACUAUUGGAAGCAUUGUACAGCUCGGCUCCAUGAGAAAACCACCAUUUAGUAUUUCUGUUGACUCGUCACUUGUGUUUUCUCUGUGUCAUAGGUAUUAGUUAGAUUAUAGUUUUGGAAAAAUAGUCUUAACAGACUGGUGUUGUUUCAGAUGCAGUAAUCAUAACUAUCUGUGUUAGAUUAAGGACAACAAUGCAGGACUACAGUAAUGGCACAUGGGCCAUAAGAUGAGGAUAUGGAGUAUUAUCAAGAGUACCAGCAUUUGAUGUAUUAUGCCAGAAAUAUCCCACACUGUAACAACAAAUCAUGUUUACAGUAAAGUUUAGAGUAAUGUACCGUUAAACAAAAGUUUCUUUGGAAUUUAUGGUAAGCUUUUUUACAGUAACUUACAGGUAACUAACUGGCUGCCAGUAAGUUACCGUAAAAACAACAGGAUAUAUAUAUAUAUAUUUUUUUUUUUUACAGUGCACAAUGUACUUAAAACCAACAAACCUGUAAUUGUGGGUUAGUUACUGGCUCAAGUAUUAUUAGUAUGAACAGUUGCUGGAGACUAGCCUGGUUACCUGACUGUUUCUGUAUUCACAAGACUAACCUUCACAAGACUAACCUUCACAAGACUAACCUUCACAAGACUAGCCGGGUUACCUGACUGUUUCUGUAUUCACAAGACUAACCUUCACAAGACUAGCCUGGUUACCUGACUGUUUAUGUAUUCACAAGACUAACUUUCACAAGACUAGCCGGGUUACCUGACUGUUUCUGUAUUCACAAGACUAACCUUCACAAGACUAGCCGGGUUACCUGACUGUUUAUGUAUUCACAAGACUAACCUUCACAAGACUAACCUUCACAAGACUAGCCGGGUUACCUGACUGUUUAUGUAUUCACAAGACUAGCCGGGUUACCUGACUGUUUAUGUAUUCACAAGACUAACCUUCACAAGACUAGCCGGGUUACCUGACUGUUUCUGUAUUCACAAGACUAACCUUCACAAGACUAACCUUCACAAGACUAGCCGGGUUACCUGACUGUUUAUGUAUUCACAAGACUAACCUUCACAAGACUAGCCUGGUUACCUGACUGUUUCUGUAUUCACAAGACUAACCUUCACAAGACUAACCUUCACAAGACUAACCUUCACAAGACUAGCCGGGUUACCUGACUGUUUCUGUAUUCACAAGACUAACCUUCACAAGACUAGCCGGGUUACCUGACUGUUUAUGUAUUCACAAGACUAACCUUCACAAGACUAACCUUCACAAGACUAGCCGGGUUACCUGACUGUUUAUGUAUUCACAAGACUAGCCGGGUUACCUGACUGUUUAUGUAUUCACAAGACUAACCUUCACAAGACUAGCCGGGUUACCUGACUGUUUCUGUAUUCACAAGACUAACCUUCACAAGACUAACCUUCACAAGACUAGCCGGGUUACCUGACUGUUUAUGUAUUCACAAGACUAGCCUGGUUACCUGACUGUUUCUGUAUUCACAAGACUAACCUUCACAAGACUAACCUUCACAAGACUAACCUUCACAAGACUAGCCGGGUUACCUGACUGUUUCUGUAUUCACAAGACUAACCUUCACAAGACUAGCCUGGUUACCUGACUGUUUCUGUAUUCACAAGACUAACCUUCACAAGACUAACCUUCACAAGACUAGCCGGGUUACCUGACUGUUUCUGUAUUCACAAGACCAACCUUCACAAGACUAGCCGGGUUACCUGACUGUUUAUGUAUUCACAAGACUAACCUUCACAAGACUAACCUUCACAAGACUAGCCGGGUUACCUGACUGUUUAUGUAUUCACAAGACUAACCUUCACAAGACUAGCCGGGUUACCUGACUGUUUCUGUAUUCACAAGACUAACCUUCACAAGACUAGCCUUCACAAGACUAGCCGGGUUACCUGACUGUUUAUGUAUUCACAAGACUAACCUUCACAAGACUAGCCGGGUUACCUGACUGUUUCUGUAUUCACAAGACUAACCUUCACAAGACUAACCUUCACAAGACUAGCCGGGUUACCUGACUGUUUAUGUAUUCACAAGACUAACCUUCACAAGACUAGUCGGGUUACCUGACUGUUUAUGUAUUCACAAAACUAACCUGGUGACCUGGCUGUUUCUGUGUUCACAAGAAUACAGGCUGGGUAACUAAUUACAGUGCCAAAGUUACCAGGGUUCUAGUUGUACAGAUGUAGGAUCUUAAUUGGAUCACCUGGAAUACAGGAAAUGUUUUACUUGUAUUUUGAGGUUUAAAGUGGUUUAAUUUCCACUUUUCCACAAUUUCUGACUUGAUUUUCCCUUAUGAAAAACGUAUCAACCCCUACAAAAAUGUACAUUUAUUUUAUACAUAGUUCAAAUUUCCUGUUGCUGCAGGAUUAUUUUCCUGCUGAAGCAAACAGGCUCAAAUUAGGAUCCCACAUCUGUAGAAUUGGUGAGUGUAGCUCCAGAAUGGGCCAGUGUCAAUACUUCUGUGCAUGUGGAACCAUAGGAUAAUUAGAAUUCCAUUAUAAUACAGUUUUAAUAGGCCUAUUCUAUGUGUAUAACCUUCAGCAACUGUCAAAAGACGUUCUCAGGGAUUUCUCUAAAACUAACAGGAAAAAGGAAGAAGGAAUGAGUACAGGAAACAAUGAUACGAGCAAGCAUGUAUUGUACUGUGUAUAUCUACGAUAGUGUAAGUCUGAAUAUGGAGGAUUCAAAAGUAUAUGUUAACUCAUUUAUACAGAGUAUUCUAUGUAAUGUGAAAUACUUGAAGCCGCUGUAGCUUGCUAUUUUUUCUCUUAGUGUUUUUUCUUUCAAUUUAUUUUUUUUACCACAGAACACAUCACGUUGGCCUUGCUAAUGGAGGGUUACUGUAGCCUCACAAGGGUAGUGUCAGUACUAAGACAUUGGUUCAGAUUAUUGAACUGCUAUCAACAGUUUGAUUUGGUGUCUAUUCAAGGUAUUGGAGCACAGUGAAAAUAUUAUCUUGUUCUCUCACGGGUUACUUUUCACAAUGAACAGAUGUAUGUAUUUGACUGAUGUACAGUAUUCCAUUGAAAUGUCAUAUGAUAACCCGAGCAUUGAUUUUUCAUUACGUGGCAUCAUAACAUUGAUCAGCUGAUGAGAAAUGACCAACAUCCAGUUGUGUAUAACUCUGGUCCUCGAAGGCCACGGGGUCUGCUGGUUCUCUUCCUUAUCUGGUAAUCCCAGACUUUAGAGUUAUAUCUGGCUAAUCAGUGGUGUGAAAGCUAGGUCAGUCAGUUGUGGUCUGCUGAAAUGUCCGCUUGCAUCUGAACACGCCACAGACCAGACCAGUGUGUGUGUCUUCCUGUACGAGGUCCGGCUAUUGUACUAAUAACUUGUCUUGUUUCUUUAUUUUUCAGGUUUUUGUUGAAGUGCUUUCUCUUUUGUUCUUUAAAGAAUAAACAGCCUUCUCUCUUGCCUUGUUUUGAAGUAACCAAACAGGAGUUCUAACAACCAAACAUGUUCCAAGAAGUAAAAGCCAAGCACCUUGGUCCCAGUGUCCUUAAUUAGUAACUGAAUGGCUCUGUAAACACUGUGCUUUUAACGAAGCAUUUCCUCGUGUGAUUGGUGGAAAACUUUGUCCUGUGUGUCUCGUCCUCUAAUGAAUGGUCCUCCUCUUUCUCUCCAGCUGUUUUUUUUCUUCUGUUCGUGUAGGAAAUGGAAUCUUCUAUUUUCCCACUUUAUUUAUUAUAAUGAUCCAUGUAUACAUGCUUAUGAAAUUAAGAUUUGAUACACCGAUAUCAAUUUAUUUAUGUAACUAAAAUCACUGUUUUAUAAUCUUUUUUUGUUUGUUUUAAUUAAAGUUUUUUUUUUUAAAGGUA